GCGGUAAGGUUGUUGUCACGUUUACUAUUCCAUUUUAUGAUUUUGUUGAGAUCAGGUACACUAAAUUUAUUGUAGUUGGUUAACAGUUUAAUAUUUAAUAAAGUUUUUCGUUGGUUUAUAACGUGCCUGUUGUUUUAUUGUAUCGAUAGAGUAAAAGCAUAAUGAGUCGUUUCUUCGCUGUAUCUGAUUCUGAGAGUGAGUCCUCGUCGAGUGAGGAGGAGCAGGUGCAACAAAAAGCACCAGUCAUAUCAUCAGCUUUUACUUUUAGUGACGAUGAAGAAGAAACAAAACGAGUCGUUCGCAGUGCUAGAGAAAAGAGGUAUGAAGAACUUACAGAUAUAAUUAAGCAACUUAGAAACCACAAGAAGAUCAAGGAUUUCACAAAGAUGCUCACAGGUUUUGAGAGCCUGACUAAAGCAUUUCAGAAGGCGAGACCCGUAAUAGAUAAGGAGGAAGACGGUAUCACUCCAAAAUUUUAUAUUCGUUGCUUAGUGGAGAUUGAAGAUUUUAUAUGUGAAUGUUGGGAAGAUCGUGAUGGAAGAAAAAACAUGUCCAAAAACAACUCUAAAUCGCUCGCCACUUUACGACAGAAGCUAAGAAAAUAUAACAAGGACUUCGAUACUGAAUUAGCGACCUAUAGAGAAAAUCCUGAAGUUGAGGAAGAAAAAGAUGAACAAGAAGAAUCUGAGUCUGAUGAUGAUGAUGAGGCAGAAGAUUUUCUUAAGAAACCAGCAGCUUCUGAAUUCAAGGAAGAACCUAAAUCGAAGUUCAUUGCUGGAUCAGAUGAUGAGGAGGAAUCAGAUGAUGAUUCUUUUGACUGGGGAGGUUCUUCUGAAAGUGAAAGUUCACUUUCCAGUGAUGAUGAAAAAUAUGGAGGAAACCUGGCAGCAAAGUUUCUGAAAAAAACAACAGACAAAGAUGAACAGAAAGAAAAGAAGCGAGAGAAGAAAAGAGAUAAAGAGAAAAAAGAGAAGAAGAAAGAUGACGGAGAAGGUGAAUGGGAAGAGGUUAAAGGUGGUGUUCCUUUAAUCGAGGAAAAGCCUAAGAUGUUUGCAAAAGAUGCUGAAAUCAACCAUCAGCUAGUGGUGAAGAAGUUAAAUGAAAUCCUUGCAGCUCGAGGCAAGAAGGGAACUGAUAGAAACGAGCAGAUUGAAAUGUUACACGAGCUUCUCAGCAUUUCAAAUGCAAACAACCUCGGACCAGCAAUGGAGGUUAAAAUAAUGUUUGCUCUCAUUACGGCUAUAUUUGACUACAACCCCAACAUAGCCACUUGUAUGCGGUCAGAGAUAUGGCAAAAGUGUUUAGAACAUUUGAGUCUCCUACUGGACUUGUUGGUCCAGAAUCCAGAUGUAACUAUGGGAGAACACAUUCCCGAGGAGUCUGAACUGUUGGUUACACCUCCAUAUCGUGUGCGGGGCUGUGUACUGACUCUUAUUGACAGGAUGGACGAAGAAUUCACAAAAAUGCUGCAGGCAUGUGAUGCACAUUCUCCAGAAUACCUGGAGCGACUAAAAGAUGAGACGGCUGUGUAUAAUAUCAUUGAGAAGUACAAGAAUUACCUGGAGGGUAGAGGAUCCAACUCGGAGCUCUGCUUUAUCUAUCUGCGUAUGAUCGAUCACAUCUAUUACAAGAUUUUGUAUAACCGAGCUAUGGUUCAGUUAGGACUAUGUGCUUUCCGACACGGAAAUAUCAGAGAUGCCCAUAAUGCUCUCCUCGAUAUUCAGAGUGGCGGACGUGCCAAGGAACUUCUUGCUCAGGGCCUACUUCCUCAGCGCCAGCACGAACGAACAGCGGAGCAGGAGAAGAUCGAAAAAAGACGGCAGAUGCCGUUCCACAAACACAUAAAUUUGGAACUUUUGGAGUGCGUGUAUCUUGUGUCAGCCAUGUUGUUGGAGAUUCCGUACAUGGCUGCACACGAACUAGAUGGUCGAAAACGUAUGAUCAGUAAAUCUUUUCAUCACCAGUUACGGAACAGUGAACGGCAACCUCUCGUUGGUCCACCUGAAAGCAUGAGAGAGCAUGUUGUUGCUGCUUCAAAAGCCAUGAGGGUUGGAAACUGGAAACAGUGCAAGAAUUAUAUUAUCAAUGAGAAAAUGAAUGCCAAGGUUUGGGACCUGUUCCAUAAAGCAGACAAGGUACGAGAAAUGAUCUGCCAGAAGAUUCAGGAGGAAUCACUCCGGUCAUAUUUGUUCACGUACAGUAACGUGUAUGAUUCCAUCUCCAUGAAUAUUCUGUCCGAAAUGUUUGAACUUGAAAAAUCAAUCGUGCACAGCAUCAUCAGCAAAAUGAUCAUCAACGAGGAACUUAUGGCAUCCUUGGAUGAGCCAACUCAGACAGUCGUCAUGCACCGUACAGAGCCCUCUCGUAUACAGGCUCUUUCUCUUCAGCUUGCUGAUAAGAUUACUAACCUUGUGGAACAAAACGAACGGUUCUGGGAAACUAAACAAGGAUCUUUCUUUGGAAGAAACAUAGGUCAACAAGGAUAUCGUGAUUCGGGGUAUCAGAAGACUGGAUAUUCUCAACAGGACAGGAAUUGGGGUCGUCGAAAUGCUCAACGCAAUUAGUAGAAGAAUGACUUAACCAUAAAUAGCAUUUCAUAAUUUAUGUUGAGUGUUCAUUUUUGGCUUGAGAAGGAUUUGUACUGUACACAACUUGAAGGAAAUAAAGUUCAGAAAUUACCUA